UUCACAUAUUGAUCGGGCCAUAUGCAUUUCUUCACCCAACUAUAAUCACCUGAAAAACUUUUAAAGUCUUCGUAGUAAAAUGUUAAUUACUUGUAAGAGAAUUAUUACUAGAAGGUUGAUUGAAUAAUACCGAGCUAUUAGGUGUAUAAUUUUAAUACCGCGGAAAAAUGAAAGUGAAAUCCUUUAAGCUGACCUCUACUCCGUUAUAAGACUUGUGAUUGUAAAAUUCUAUAAAUUUUGUAUUUGUAUCUGUCUAUUAUUGAUACAAUGAAAAUGCGAUUUGUGUUAGUGUGUUUUAUGUUUUUUUGUAUUUCUGAUUUUGAGGCUCUAAUAAUACCUGAUGAACUGCCUUCCAUUCUAUCGGUAAUUUACUCCAAUAUUCCCACAUUGAAGAAAGGAACUGAUUCAAGAAUUGGAUGGGGAUUUAGACUUGGAGACAGAGCUGACUUUCAAGUGUUACUGGAAUUAGGUCCGCAACAAUACACUCAACCCCUGGCAAAUCAAGGAAAUGAAGGGGGAGCAAAUAAAAGAAACACAUUGAAUACUUUAGCCGAUAACUUAUAUGCGAAAAUGCAACAAGCCAAAAAACAAGAGGAGCAUAAAGUAGAAAAGGAAUCUUCAAAAGCCGUAAAUAGUUCACCACAGUGGUUACAAAACUGGAGUAAAAAGGUCUCCGGGAACAACGGUUCAAAUGAUGAAACGCUGUUAUUGAAUGCCAAACCUGGAAUUGCUAUUGGGGAAAUCGAUGCUAAAUCAGUAAUACCUGAUGAUCAAGAUACAACUGAAGAGCAAAAAUCCGCAAGACCUGUAAUAAAGAAAAACGUUAAGAAACGUGGAAACCAAAGUUUAGUAUCUAUUUUAACGCAGCAAGAAAACGAAACAACUAGAUAAUGAAAAAUAUAUUCGUAGAUAGAGUAGCAAUGUUGUUAAUAUUUAGAUUUUUUUUCUAUGAGAUUUGUCUGAAAUGAAACACAAAUUUUUGUACAAUAUAUUAUACAUAUAUUAUAUAAUUUUUCAUACAUA